AGUCCUACGAGUUUUUAGUUAGGUUAAUACUAAUACCAAUAGCCUAUUAAGCUUAUACAUUUAACAUUAUUUUGUAUCUGUUAUCUUUACUGACAGUUAAAAAUGGUUUCAAAACUAAAAGCAGUACAUUCAUUUUUCAGUUAUAAAUAUUUUUCCGGAUAUUCUAUUUUAUCAAGACCUCUUGGAACAGUUACCAAUUCAGAGGUUCGAAAAAAACGAAAUGCAAUAUUUAACAAAGAAAAGGAACGACAGCAAGCACUUAUCACUAGAGUUGAGAAGAUAGAAGUUCGUCAUGAAGGAACACCAGAAAAUUGUACCUUGAUGAUGAAUAGAAACAUUUCAACUCCUUAUAACUGUGCUUUACAUAUCAGUGAGAUGCUUACUCAACGAUCGGUGCUGGCAGAGGUAAACGGAAAGCUAUGGGACAUGCACAGACCUUUAGAGGAAGACUGUACUCUUCGUUUCUUACAUUUCAAAAUUGAAGAUCCUUUUCAAGUGAAUAAGGCAUUUUGGAGAAGUUGCAGUUUUUUACUUGGACUUGUGUUGGAAAAAUCACUUAAAGAUGAGUUUUAUGUUGAACUUCACAGUUGGCCCAAACCUAUUGUACGGUCCGGUAGUUUUGUAUACGAUGUAGACUUGAAGCUCGGCAACUGGGUUCUUAAACAGGAUGAGCUAAGCACAUUGUCUUUAAUGAUGAGGAAACUGAGAAUGGAGAACUUCAAAUUUGAAUGGCUUAAAGUAGACCAAUCAGUGGCCUUGAAAAUGUUCGAAGACAACAGGUAUAAAACUGAACAGAUUCCAACAAUUGCUUCACGGUCAUCGGUAGAUAACUCUGUGACAGUGUACCGAGUACAAGACCACAUUGAUAUAAGUGGAGGGCCUAUGAUUUCAAAUACCAGUCAACUUGGGAGGGUUCAAGUAACAGCUGCUCAUCCCUUAGCAACGGAACAAGGAAUCUUGUAUAGAUUUCAGGGGGUAGCCUUGCCAUCACAGUUGCUAUUGAACUCCUUUGCAUUUGACCUGUUAGCUGACAGAGCAAAGAAACUGAAUACUUCAUGGUUGCCUGGAGAACCAAUCACAUUGGAGCAAGAAAAUCGGAAGCAGCAGGAAGCGUAAAGUAAAUUAAGGCUUUUUGUUUUUGUACAGUUAAACUUGUCUCACAGUAGUGUACAGUAACUUCAAAAGUUAAUGUAAUAAAGGAAAUAAAAAUUUAUAAUAAGAAUCAAUUUCCCCUCUCUCUUUCUUCAGCACUUUAUUGAUACUAAUGUUGUUCAGAAUUUGUUGAUUACAUAUUUUUUAAUUUGGUUAAAAUUCCUCAACAUAUAUUUCUACUUUUCUAUUUAAAAAUCUCCAAUUUUUUUGAAGCUAGUACUUUUACACUAUAGUCUUUUCUUUUUAUUGUGACUAUCAUGAUGCUAAACUUUCAUUGGGUAUUUUGAGUUUAUUUCUUGCAAAAGUUCUAUACGAUAGUAGAACACACACAUCAGAUUACAAUUUGUGUAAUAAACUGUUUACACAAUGCCUAAAAGUUCGUAAUAAAAGACUCGCAUUUUCAGUUUUUAAAAGUGAAACAUAUUGAAUCAUGUUCAGCUGGGUUGUAGUUUUAUAUACAAUGAUUUAUUUCUCAGAAAAUUGAAAGACUUCCCACUUCUGUCAAAAGAUUGAAAUUUGUCCGAUAUUUGUACAAACAAAAAAAAAGUAUAUUUAUUCUAAAACGUGUUAAACAUUUGAAAUGAGCAGAGUAUAUUAAAAAAAAGUAAUGGAGUGCCUUACAACUAGGAGAGAUCACAGAUUACCAAAGAUUUUGGAGUGCCUUACAACUAGGAGAGAACAAACCUAUGAUUUACAAGAUAUGUUGUCAUAAUCUUUAAAAAGCAGUUCCACAUUGGAUUAUCUUAACAAUGUGAAUCUAUUAAAUUUACUGUAAAAGAACAAGUAAAGACAGAAUCUCCCUUAUCAUACACUAAAAUUAGAAACAAAUGUAAAUUAUUGGAAAUUGACCGUUAUUGCAAAAAAAUACUUUUACUGGUUUCUCUUUUAAUUUUGAAAGCUUUAUUCGAAGUAGUUUUAAAAAGAACAUAAUUUUUAUUCUAAUCCACACACCUUUUCAAAAAUGAAGAAUGUCAUUAUGUUCUUAGUGACAUAUAGGUUUUAAAAUAUGUAACUACAA